CCGCGGGGUUGCUGCGGGGUCCCCGGGGCCGUGCUCUCAGCCCCGGCCUGUCCCCGGUCACCUGGUGCCGGGCGCGGCAGGUGCCUGGGCGGCGACUUCGCCGCGGGUCUGGUCGGGCGCCCAGCGCCUCGGUCGCGGAGCGCGAGCCGGGAGCUGGGAGCCGCCGCGCCUCGGGUGGCCUCGGGAGGUGGCAGCAGGGUCCCCCGCCCCCCGCAUUCCGGAAGCGACCGCGAGGACCCGGCUUGCGGAGGAAGGUCCAGCUGGGAGGAAACGCACUUGCUUCGCCCCAUUGCUUUGCUUGUGCAAAUGACUCGGAGCUUAUUCACAUGGCAUUUUGGUAUGCCAGGAACCAAAAGUGAGAUACUUAAAGGCAGUAAAACUGAAGUAAAAUAGGAAGAUCAGCCAAGAAAGACCUACUGGAGAAAGCAGAGGAUGGAAAAUAAAGUGAAGCACUGUCUUAUUGUAGCAGCAGGCCUUUGAAAUUGAGCUGAAAAAAAAUGACUGCUCUUACUUCAGAGAACUGCUCUUUUCAGUACCAGCUACAUCAAACAAAUCAGCCCCUAGAUGGUAACUGUCUGUUAUUCUUGAUUACACUUGGGAAAAUAUUAUUAAAUAUCCUCACACUAGGAAUGAGAAGAAAAAACACCCAUCAAAAUUUUAUGGAAUAUUUUUGCAUUUCACUAGCAUUUACUGAUCUUCUACUUUUGGUGAAUAUUUCCAUUAUAUCCUAUUUCAGGGACUUUGUACUUUUAGGCAUUAGGUUUACUAAAUACCACAUCUGCCUAUUUACCCAAAUUAUUUCUUUUACUUACGGCUUUUUGCAUUAUCCAGUUUUUCUGAUAGCUUGUAUAGAUUAUUACCUGAAUUUCUCUAAAGCCACCAAGCUUCCAUUUAAGUGUCAAAAAGUAUUUUAUUUCUUUGCAGUUAUUUUAAUUUGGAUUUCAGUCCUUACUUAUGUUUUGGGAGAUCCAGCUAUCUACCAAAGCCUGAAGGCACAGAAUGUUUAUUCUUAUCAGUGUCCUUUCUACAUUAGCAUUCAGAGUUACUGGCUGUCAUUUUCCAUGGUGAUAAUUUUAUUUAUGGCUUUUAUAACCUCUUGGUCAGAAGUUAUUACCUUGGUACAGGCUGUUAGGAUAACUUCCUAUAUGAAUGAGACUGUCCUAUAUUUUCCCUUUUCAUCCCACUCUAGUUAUACUGCGAGCUCUAAAAAAACACUCUUGCCCAAGUUGAUUAUCUGUUUUCUUGGUACCUGGUUACCAUUUGUACUACUUCAAAUAAUUAUCCUUUUACUUAAAGUACAGAUUCCAGCGUACAUUGAGAUGAACAUUCCAUGGUUGUACUUUGUCAAUAGUUUUCUCAUUGCUACAGUUUUUUGGUUUAAUUGUCACACACUUAAUUUUAGAAACAUGGCAUUACCUGUGGAUCCAUUUGUCAACUGGAAAUGCUGCUUCAUUCCACUUACAAUUCAUAAUCUUGAGCAAAUUGAAAAGCCUAUAUCAGUAAUAAUUUGUUGACAUGUUGCCAUGUUAAAAUUAAAACUAACAGCUACAAGCAUUAUAAUUUUACAAAUGGGAAAGAAUGAUGCCUUGGGACAUAUAAAGAAUGAACUGAACUGAAAGCUCUCCCCCGCAUCCCAAACUUCCAUACCUUUUCAGAAUGUGUCUUUUUGGGAUUGUGAUAUUAUUUAUUAGGUUUUUUUUUUUAACAAAAUACUUCCAAUAAGAAAUAUUUAUACCUGUUGACCAUACUGAUAUUUGUGUUACCCAGAAGACUACUGGAUACAAACUGUUAGGUAAAUCUGCGAUUCACUGCCAACUUUUCAGAUUUAAAUAAACAUUUUUAUUACACUUAGAGCAAGAAAAUCAAGAUUGUUUUCUUUAAAUAAUUUGGUAUAAAUAUUCUUUAACAUAAGCGGAAAGAUUAGUGUAAUUUAAAUUUAGCUAAUUUUAGGACUUCCCUGGUGGCGCAGUGGUUAAGAAUCCGCCUGCCAAUGCAGGGGACACGGGUUUGAGCCCUGGUCCGGGACGAUCCCACAUGCCGCGGAAGAACUAAGCCAGUGUGCCACAACUACUGCGCUCUAGAGCCCGCGAGCCACAACUACUGAAGCCUGCGCACCCUAGAGCCCGUGGGCUGCAACUACUGCAGCCUGUGCACUCUAGGGCCCACGUGCCUCAACUACUGAGCCCAUGUGAGGCAGCUACUUAAGCCCGCACGCCCGCACGCCUAGAGCCCGUGCUCCACAGCAAGAGAAGCCACCGCGAUGAGAAGCCCGUGCACCACAACGAAGAGUAGCCCCUGCUUGCCGCAGCUAGAGAGAAAGCCCGCAUGCAGCAAUGAAGACCCAACGCAGCCAAUAAAUAAAUAAAUAAAUAAAUUCUUUAAAAAAAAUAAAGUGGUU